GCUGCGCCACUUACAGAAAUUACAGAAUCUAUGGCCGAGGAUUCUCAGUAAUCGCGCGGAGGCCCAACAAAGUUGUCAGCUGGUUGCGCAACAGCGAAAAAUGCGGUUUUACCAAUUUAACUCGUUCACCGGCAGGCUGAAGCCGUCCACCAGUUUUCAGCCGCUGUAUCCCAUCAAGACAGAGCCAGUGAUGAUUUACGACAGCAUCAAGACAAAACCUGUAACAGUUACACCUGCGGCAAGCUAUUGUACUGAAAAACCACGCACCCUUGACCCAAAAAUGUGGGCGAAGUUCAAGCACUAUGCGGCUACGAUAGACAAACCAGUAUAUUUGGCUGGUGGCAAAAAGGAUAAGAUGCUAUUCCUGUUCACAGUUGGAUACGUUGGUGUGUGUACAUUACAAUCGCUUGUGUUUAUUGCAAAAGAAUGCUUGAAUAUUAUCUAAAUAAAAUAAGCGGAUGUAUUAUGUAGAUAAUAAAUUGUAUAGACUCUCCUGAUAUUGCGAUUCUGUAUUGACAUAACAAAUGUUAAUGCUGAAAAAUAAUGAAAAGUAUGUCAAAUUGCAGAGAUUUGUGUAUUUAUUAAUACUACCUAUCAUUUUCAACUUAACCUCGAAUGUUCGAGAUCCCUUGUACAUAAAAUUAAGAAUAAAUUUCGUGUAAAAGAAAAUCUAUAUUUUGAUAUGUAAAUAUUAAUUUAUCUUGUCUCCUUACAAUUCACAAGUAUGAGAAAUGCGGCAUGCGCUAACGCCCUCUCGACAAAAGAAAUAAAAUCUAGAAUAUAGAUAAUUGAUUUUAAGGUUAUAUUUCCACAUGUAUCGUCUGCUGCAAGUCAAGAGAUAAAGGUGUCAACGGUAUGACAGCUCGUUAAAAAGAUCUUUUUAAAGUAAAAUAGUGACAAAGGCUAGAUUGCCAUGGAGGAACGAGGCAAACCGACCAUGGUGUUUCAUCCGAUCAUUUCCUCCAUACAGAAAAUUGCUCUGUACGAGACGAAAUCCCGGUUCUAUUUGAUGGGAUCCAACAAUACGUUAACGCGUUUCCGAGUUCUGAAAAUCGAUAGGAUGGAACCGAGGGAGUUGGUUGUAGUGGACGAUAAGAGAGAGUAUACUCAGGACGAGAUAAAAGAUUUGGUCAAUAUGAUUGACAUGGGUAACCGAACGCGAGCGGGACAGCGCAAUAAUGUGGGUGGUGUUGCACGUGUUGUAUCUGCCUUUGGGAUCGUCGGUAGUAAAGAUAGUAAAGAACCUGCACCUAGUUCGGGUAUACCAGAGGAGCCUGAGCGACAAGAAUCACAAAAACCACUGCACAAACCGACACAAACUAAAUUCACCUGGAAGAGUAUGUGGCAGAGAGGCACUUUCCCCAGGCUAGUGCCAGCUUUUGCUAUCCUUGGUUUCAUACGUUUUUUGGAGGGAUAUUACAUAAUCUUAGUUACGAAACGUCGCCGAGUUGCAGUUAUUGGUCAUCAUACGAUAUACAAAAUAGAAGACACAUCAAUGAUAUACAUACCAAAUGACAUUAUACGAAUCUUCCAUCCUGAUGAACAAAGAUACGUAAAGAUGUUCCAGAGCAUUGAUCUCAGCAGUAAUUUCUACUUCAGUUAUUCGUAUGAUAUAUCACAUACUUUUCAAAGUAAUAUGGCACCACCGACAUGUAUUAAAUCCGAUGUUCCCAUUGAUGUGUCUAUUAACCAAAGUGAAUCUAAAGAAUCGGAUAACUCUGAAGAUUUUUUUAAUAUGUGGGCAUUCAGAAAAGAUUGGCAAGCUGAAUGUAAAGGCGAGAAAUAUAUGGAUUACGGUAUACGUAGUAAUCCAAAUCGUCGUUUUCUAUGGAAUUCCCAUCUUUUAAAGCCAGUGGAAAAAGAUUUGCAUCCCGAAUGGAUAUUAUAUAUAAUACACGGCUUUAUCGGUCAAUCGAAUGUGAGCAUUUUUGGAAGAUCUAUGUACGUCACCGUUAUCGCCAGACGAAGCAACAAAUACGCAGGGACACGUUUUCUAAAACGUGGUGCAAAUUUCGAUGGAGAUGUCGCAAACGAAGUAGAAACAGAACAAAUCGUUCAUGAUUCUGGCGUGAGUUCUUUAAGUAAAGGACGCUUCAGUUCUUUUGUACAAAUGCGUGGUUCAGUGCCUGCUCAUUGGAGUCAGGACGUUAGUAAAAUGGUCCCAAAACCGACUAUAAUUUGUGAUUUAUCCGAUCCCUAUGUAGAAACAGCAGGAGCGCAUUUUAAUCAACUGUUGAAAAGAUAUGGAUCACCAAUAAUAAUAUUAAAUUUAGUAAAAAAACGGGAGAAAAAGAAACACGAAAGUACAUUAAGCGAAGAAUUAAGUAUGGCUGUGAAAUAUUUGAAUCAGUUUCUACCCCCAGAGCAUCAUAUUCAAUAUAUAAGUUUUGAUAUGGCACGCAUGAGUAAAAGAAAAAAGGUGAACGUUAUGGGACGAUUAGCAAACAUUGCUUACAAUGCUGUAUUAAAAACUGGUAUUUAUCAAUCCCAAAAUCCUUAUUACAAUCAAAGAAAUCUGUUCUCACCACAAAACAGUAAUAUGAAGAAGCUUCACAAAACAAAUUCAAACUCGACUUUGUCAUCUAAUUUAAAUGAUACCCGAAGCUCUAUUAAUACUUCAAUUAAAAUGGAUUAUAACAGGCAAACAAGUUCUACACACGAUUUUGAUUCAAACACAGAAAUCAAUAAAAUGAAUGAAUUAAAUCAAAUUGAAAAUAAAGUAAAGGAAUGUUUUGCUAAGAGAGGAACUGUGCAAACUGGAAUCAUCAGAACAAAUUGUGUAGAUUGUUUAGAUCGAACCAAUACAGCUCAGUUUGCAAUAGGGAAAUGUGCCCUAGGGUUUCAGUUGUGUGCUUUAGGUGUACUAGAAUCUCCUAAACUCGAAUUUGAUUCCGAUUGUGUGAGAAUGUUAGAAGAAUUGUACGAGGAUCAUGGAGAUACUUUAGCCUUGCAAUAUGGUGGUUCACAACUAGUACACAGAAUUAAAACAUACAGAAAAACAGCUCCAUGGACAAGUCAGGGUAACGACAUUAUGCAAACAUUAAGCAGAUAUUACAGUAAUACAUUUAGCGACCAAGAAAAACAACAUACAAUUAAUUUAUUUCUAGGAUUGUUCAUACCUGAAGAAGGUAAGCCUCCAAUAUGGGAAAUUCUAACGGAUUAUUAUCUUCAUCAUUUACCUGCCUGUCGCUACUCGCGUAAAAAAAGACUUCUGACACAAUGGUGGGAUAAAAGUGUACUGAAGUGUCUUCCUUAUGCACUCGAUGAAGUAACUAAAUCCUGUUCAGAAAUGAUACAAGUACAAAAUUCAAUAGAAGAAAUGAUUGACGUUUAUUAUGAUUAUCAUAGGCCAUAUGAAUUGUCUUUACUAUCCGAGGUGUAUGCAUAUAAGAUAAGUCACUCUGUAAGAGAUUUUAUGCCACACUUUACUACCUGCUAUAGUCCAUUCGCUGUUCGCGUUCGACCAGGCAGACGGAGAGAAGAAACAGGGAGUAAAAAUUUAAAUAUGAAAAAUCCAUCUAUGACUGGUCAGAGCAGUACGAGUAGUACAACGUCCAGCGCAAGUUCAAGUGAGGAUUCAAGUUCAGAUGAAGAUGAAAGCCAUCAACAAAUGGACGAUUUCCAAUUAAUUACUUCCAAAGACAGUUCAGAAUUAAUAUCAUUUGAAUCACUGUUUCCUUCCAUGAAAGAAGUAUAUGGCACAGAACCAGAAUAUCCAAAGCGAAACGAUGUUAUUCUUUAUAAAAGAUUUGUUUUAAUAGGACGCAAUGCAACAUAUUCUACAGAUCACACUAAAUUGCGUUCAAAAUUACUUCAACAAGCAUCCUUUCAUGAAUCUACAACUGCUGUCAUUACACUACCUAGUGUUAAGGAUGCAAGCAUAAGCAUAUAUGAGCAAUAUGUGAAAAGAGCAACAGUAGGUGGUACAAUACCAAAUCCAAACGAUAUGAAUUUAUAUGAAGCUUAUGCCACUCAAUACAGACUACUUAUGAAACCAACGUGCUUUGGAUAAGACCAAAUUAUUUUCAUGUUUUAUAAAUUAAAUUUGUAUAUAUUGUAAAUAUUAAAUAUUGUUAAUAUAUUAUCAAUCUUGUGUUAUACAAUUAUAAUAUAAA